AAAAACCCACUUCCGGUGUGUCAGAACGGGAAAAGUAGGCGUUUCGAGAUGUGGUAUUUUCUGUUUGUGGUAGUAGGGAGAUAACCAUAGUAACGGAUACAAGCGCACAUAGGGAGGUCUGAGGCAAACACAGAAGUCGGUGUUUUUGUGAGGCAUCGACUAUAGUUAUUUUCUUCCAUGUAUUUAUAAUAUUUGUUAUGUCAACUAACUGAAACAUUUCAGUUAUACACGCGGAACUCUGUAAAGCAGGUUUUUUUUUUUGCACAAACGCGUUUGCAAUGCUUGCAUCGGAGGCUGCAAUGACUAAAAGUUAUUUGACAACUUCAACUGGAUCGAAAGCCAAAGUGCAUCGAAGAAAACAUGCGAUCCCAGUUAUCAAACAUAUAGCAAAAGACAAUGAUCAAGAGAAACAGGAGGUUCUCACUAAACCUAUUGAACUCAGUCGUGUGAUACAUUUUCUUGAGGAUCCUUUAGCAGCUACUUUGAAAGAGAGACAGAUUUUUGCUUUGAAGAAAGUAGUGCAGAGAUGUCAAAAAGGCUUUCUUUUGAAAGAGCUGGCAGAUGUUUUUAAGAUUUUAUAUAUCUGUGCUGAGAAGUCCAAAGAUCAUCCUGAAUAUACUUCAGUGCUAUGUGACUUACUGAAGAUUUGUCGGCUUCCUUUUCUAAAGGAAAAGACCUCUGAUGAAGUGACCUACGCACAGACUGUCAGAGAAUCAUUCUCUCAGAUGGGGUUUCUGAUGAGGGUGCCAAACACUGAAGUGAGGAACCAAAUCUGCCACUCUAUUAUAUCCGUGUACAGCUCUGUGACAUCAAAACACAGUGUGGAUGGUAUGGACAGUCUUUCAAAGCCUGCAGCUGCCUCAAAGCCAGCUGUUGCCUCUCACAGAUUCUCUAAACAGUCAAUGAGACUCCACCCUACCAGCCUAGGCUACAGGGUGCAGCUGUUGGAGCAGAGUGGGCUGGCUGAGACUCUGGUCCUGUCCAUGGCCCUCCUGGAGAACCAGCCUGCAGUCAAGCUCCAGGUCCUACAGACUCUUCAGAUGCUCUCCAGCUCAUCUGAUGUGAACUGUAGCCUAAUAUUAAAGGCACAGGGGGCACAGCAGAUCUGUUUCCAUAUGAAUGAGCCAGACCCUUCAGGGCAAGUCCUGUUCCGCUCCUCGGAGAUCCUAUGGAACUUGCUGGAGAGAGGUUGCAAAGAGGAGGUUACAGCCCAAUUGAGCAACAUGGACUGUAUUAUGGCUCUGAAAGAGGCAUUUUUGCACCAGCUGCUGAAUGGCUUUCGACAUUACGACUUCCAACUCAGGAAUGAUCUACUGGUGAUCACAACUCUCAUAGCUGAAAACCCCAAAUCUCCACUCAUUGAGAGUUUAUUUGCCAAGCAGCUCAUUCUUUUUGUUACAUUUCCAGAACUCAAGAGUCACAACCCUUUGGUCCGCAACCUCAAGCUAUCCUAUAACAAUGAAGAUUUUGAGAUGAAAAGGUUGCUACUAAAUCUGGUUGUUGUCAUGUCAAAAGACUUAUCUGCUCUGCAGCUGUUCAAAGAGGGCCAUGUUGUCCUGGCCCUGCUCCACCUAGUGAAGCCCACUGCUGCUCCUCCUGAAGGCCAGUCAGGGCCACGCAACUGGACCCCUGUCCAGCAGGAGGAGCUGCAACUGCAGGCUCUGGCCACUCUGGCCACCGUGGCUCCACUGAUGCUGGAUGACUAUAUGAUCUGCCAGGGAAACACCUGCCUUCUGCUGCUGCUGGAGUGGUGCACUGAGCGAGAUGCCUACUUUGGACAGGGCCAUAGUUUCCAUGGCACUGGAGGGAGGGGCAGUAAGAAGGCUCAGAUGCGUUACUGUGUGAGGCUGCUGAGAUCCAUGGCGUCUCUAGGCAACGAAGCAAUCAACCAAGACCUUUUUGAUCAAGGAGCCAUCAGCCAGCUGCUUGUGAUAAUUAUGCAGAUGGAGGGGAGUCCUGAGGAGGAGGACGUUAUUACCUUGGAGAUCAAGGCCGACAUUCAGCUGAUCCUGUCAGCACUCUGCGAGAACAAUCCACACAGAAAGGAAUUGUUUGGAUCGGAGGGAGUUGAGAUGACGGUGCAUUUCCUCAAGAUGAGCACUGAGAAGUUCUACAGUGGCCUGGGACACAACAAACUCAUCCUCUCCACCGUGGAUUGUGUCUGGUCCUGUAUCGUUGGAUGCUACACCACAGAAGAUGUGUUUUUGGAAAAAGAAGGCAUUUUCCUUCUGCUUGACUUGCUUCAUUCGAGCCCUAGGAACAUGCAAAACGUGGUCCUUGGAACCCUGCUGGAGCUGUGUGACAACCCCAAGACGAUGUCUCACAUCCUGGCCUGGCGAGGGCAGAAGAGCCUGACCACCCCGGGGCUACUCUUACAGCUCUGGAGGCAGGAAGAGGCAGAGCUGGGGGUGAGCAGAGACCUCUAUGGAAGGAUCUCAGAUCCCAAGAAGCCUAUUCUGUGUUAUUACCAAGAGGAGGAUGAUUCCCAGGUAUCACUGCCUGCUAACAGGCCUAGUGCUGCAGUGAUGGACGUGUCUGAGAACCUUCGCUCCAAGAUCUACUCUGUCUUCUGUAAACUUGGUUUUGAAGCCCUGCCUGGAUUGUCAACAGAAGAUUAUAUCACCCUAAGCAUUGUCACCAGAUAUCUGGACUUUAAGGUUGGCGAGGUGUGGGAUGAGAUCUCCAAAGAGUUGAGCCUGGAGGGAGUGAGACCAGUCACCCCUGACGAAGAGGCCCUGGAUACCAUUGCUAAGAUGACGGAGGACACAGCCAGGAGAGUCAUCACACAGCAGAGCAGCAUGCUGGAGCAACGGGACAAGGAGGACGUCAGUGAGGAGAAACGCAUGUAUACAGAGAUAAGUUCCAACUGGAAACAGCAGGAGCUUACAGCCCAGUCUUGGGAGCAUUUUGUGGCAAAGACAUCAAACUACAAGAUUUUAAAGGAGACAAAAGAGCAUCAGGAGAGAUCUAUUGACUCAUCCAGACCUAAAUCAAAGCAUAAGGAAACUAUAUUCCAUCCUACACAAAUUCAUGGCUUACAAAUUACAAAUUUCUGUGGGCGGGUGAUGACUGUAGAGAGCACUCCAGCCCACCUGACAGGAGGGCCCCUGGCCAAUACAGAGCUGGCACUGGAGAGGGUGCCCAUCCAGGGUGGAGCCCUUAGGAAACUCCCCACUGCCACUGAGGACCCAGAGUAUUUCAACACAGUUUCAGUCAAAUAAAUACCCCACCUCCUCUUAUAGCUUUGCUCAGUGUUUGUUCACUAUUUACUACAGGUAUCCAUGUACAAUUUGGUGUGUUAGCUUCAGAGUGAACAUACAGACAGGAAUUCAUCAAUCCAGCAUGAACAACCAAAAUUAGACUACUAGUAUCUACUAGGAACAGAUAUUAAUGGAUGGAUUAAACAGAUUUGAAAUUAUUAAAAUUGUGCUGCAACUGAA